AUGAGAUUGAAGAUUUUUCGACAGAUUGAACUGCCAGCAGAACUCAAACGCCUGGAGCGUUUGCGCGCGAAAUUACGUGCGCAACGGUAUCAUUUUGUGGAGUCAGUUUCGAACAAUACGGACGUGUUCAAUCUGCAUACUUUGGUAAGCGUAAAAUUGCGCGAUUAUGAAGAAGUGGUUCAGGAAGCGGCGGAGGCGGGUCUCCUGAUCAGCUUCGUGACGGAUAUCAUUGAUCAAGAUGAUUGCAACAAAUCGGAAUUGCCACCCGUCGUGACGGAGAGGUGGAACGUUCUCCAAGCGAUUUUCUUCGCCAGCACCGUCCUCACGACAAUCGGAUAUGGCAAUGUUGUGCCCUCGACCAACUGGGGAAGAAUCUUUUGCAUUCUCUUCGCUUUCAUCGGUAUACCUCUUACUCUGAUAGUGAUCGCCGACUGGGGAAAGCUAUUCGCGAGUGCAGUGGUGCACAUUGUGUUGACGAUGAAGUCAAAACUUCCGUUUCGUGCAAAGCUUCCGUGUAUCCCGACGAAUGCAACCGGUCGACGGUCGCUUGGUGCCUGCGCCGCCAUCGUGCUGCUCUUUCUAUAUCUCGCCUGCGGCGCUGGUAUGUUUAUGUUGUGGGAGGACGAUUGGGAUUUUUUCGAUGGAUUUUACUUCUGUUUUGUAACCAUGACCACCAUAGGUUUCGGUGAUCUCGUCCCAA